GCAGCGACAUAUGGGAAAACCUCCAUGUUCUGGUCGCCGCCAUUUCAGCUGGUUCUGCCGAGCACGCCGACCGCCACCUCAGACGGGCGCGUUCCCGAUGCGGGCGCACGCAAGCCUGAGACAGGUUUGCUGCAGGGAGUGGCUAUAAAGAUCCCAGGCCUUCCAGAGGUCUGACGUGAAAGGGGAGGAAUGCAGGAGGAGGAGACGACUCGACCUGACUGCCAGCCUCGUGACGUGAAGAAGCAUCUUCUCAGUGGUCUACAGGAAGUUGGGUCUCCCAUGCCUGCAUCUUCACUCUGAUCUUCAGGGACUCUCUUGCUUCUCAACCCUGUCUUCAAAAAGUCAUGGUUUACUGGAUCUUCUUACCCAUCGCUGUGUCAGUGGUGUCCUUCAUUGGGUCUUGGGCAGUGUACGGCCUGGCACUCAGCUACGGUCAUGUCUGUUCCCUUAGCAACUGGCAAUACAGGAAUUCCUGUGAGCCGAACAUGUCCGAGUUGUGCUGCACGGACAGUCACGUACCCACGAUAAGCACAAGUGGGACGGGUAUCCCUGAGAACUCCUUGUUUACAGCCACCAUCAGUGCCGGCUCCUUCUUGUUCAUGGUCUUCUGUGUCUUCCACCAUGCCCACAUUCUGAACAAGUGCAGCACUCAGGCUGUCCUGAGCCGGUUGGCUUUGGGCUUUGGCUGUGUGGCAUCCAUCGGUGCCUUUGUGGCUGGAAACUGCAACCCUGGAUACCUGGUGCUGCUACACUACCUGGGAGCAGCGGUCAGCUUCAUUUGCAUCUGCUUCUACUGCCUCCUGCUCACAGUGCUGACGGGUAACUGCUUCCUCACGGGCAAAGAGAAAGUCCUUUACCCCGUUCGCGUCCUGUCCACUGCCCUCCAGGUCCUCGUUACUCUCCUUUACUGCAUCUUCUUUGCACAAGAGCCGUACCCGUUGAAGCACCUGUCGGCUGUGUUUGAGUGGAUCCUUAGUAUGAACCUGGAACUUUUCGAACUGAGCUUUGUAUUUGAGUUCUAUGUCUUCUCAUCAUCCAUGUUAUCUUCACUGAUUUAUACAAAAGAAGAGGAGAAGUCCCUCAUUAUGUCCUGAUGACCCUCCCAAGACGGAACUCUGAUUUUAUUACAUCAGUACGCGCCAGGCCAUGACAGGGAAGGCCUUCACAUUUUAGUGAGAUAACCAUGUGCUUUUGUUAUCCUUUACCUCAAGUGGAACUUCUCCGGAUCAUCGAAAUCAGCUCUUCACAGGGAGCCUUGGACCACUAGACAGAUAGCAAACUGAUCACCAUAACCAUUUGUCCCGUUAUGUUUGAAUAAUUAAGUUAGUUUGUGCUGCCUUCAGAGGCAGCCUUUAGGAGACUUUGAGAGCCAACACUGGCAUUGCUCUUGAAACCUACAUUUCUGCAACAGUAGCACCAGUAGCAGCCAACCAGAAAAGGCAGAACAAUACCUCAACACUGAAGAUUAAUCUCUCAAGUGUCUUAUUACUUUAACUUACAAACAUGCAACUUAUUUUUAUUGAAUCAGUCACCUUUUAAUACUGAUUACCUCCUGAUUAGGUCCCUGUUUACACAAAUGUGAUAUUGACUGAAACAGAUGUUAAAGCUGUUUGAGUGUAGAAGGUGGUAGCACCAAACCAAGCAUUGAAAACCCCAGUGUCUCCAGGCCUUUCUCUGACGAAUGCAAAAAAAGAACAAAUGUGUGAUAUUUAGAUUAUAUAUUUUUCAAUGAAGCAGUGAUUGUAGAGAAUAAAUGAAUGUUUUUAUCUGAUUUAUUUAUGAACUUAUGAUGUAUUAUGUUAUACUGUGUCUGUGAUGGAUAUGACCCCCAGACCAUAUAAAGACGACACCCCACCAUUCACUAAUGUCAGUGUUUAUUAUGUGCAAUUUUAUGUUUAAUUAUCUCUUCUAAUACUUGAAAAUCUUUGAAUCUUCAUUGUACAAUUUGAACUGGAGUACUGGGGAAAGAAAUGGGAUUAU